AUGUCGCGUACACGUACGCUCUCGCUUAGUUGUGCGCCGUGCAACAUGCAUCGCGACUUAUCGACUAGGAGCGAUUGGCCGGAUCUUUAUGACCGCGCUCUGGACCUCAUAUACCAGCUUUCGGAGACGCACGCGCCACUAUUGGAGUCUCUCGUCAUACACACCCUGAAUUUCACAGACAAUGUCUUUUCGGGGAUUAUUCCCCGAAAGCUUCGCUCUGUCGAGCUUAUUGACUGCAGCCAUGUCGCGCCCACGUCUGCCUUCUUUGGCUCUCCAUUGACCCACCUGAGCAUCGACUUCUGCAUCAGCUGGAACACUAUCGAUGAUAUGCUGAUUGCUCUAACCGCAUUGCCUCACCUCGAGCAUUUCAAGUGGGACGCAGACGCGUGUGCGAUAGCGCCACCGUUUAUGCAACCGGAGGCUCAUGAACCCGAGUCCUUGGCGCUACCCCGACUUCAAUACCUGAGCCUGUGCAUAGAUAUUGAACAGGCAGUACGCAUCAUCCCCAUCCUCAAUAUCCCGAGCUCAACCACCCUUGUCAUCGCGGGUGAGCUUAUGCAAGAACCCCUGAACAACACGCCCUCUUUCGUGGAUCUACUCGACGGGAUGGAAUCGUCCUUCGAGCCACGCCUUCGAAGAGCAUUCCCGCAUGCUGGUCAAGGCUUCCAACGGGUCUCCAUAUUGCCGUAUCGAGAAGAGAACGUCGACGGGUUCACCGCCGUCAUGGAGACGCCCACCGCCCAGCAGGGUAGUCCUACCAAAUUCGAGUUCGGUGCAUGUUGGGGCGUGGAAUGCCACGACGAAUACAUGCUUAUGCUGCAAGAAGUCCUCGGCUGGCCCGGCAUCGGUAGAUCCGCAGUGCACCUCAACGUCGACCAUGCUGUGUUCCUGCGUAGCGAGAUACACUGGCGACAGUUGCUGGAGCCGCUGUCCGCUAUCACAGGCAUCAACGUAUGCGGACCUGCCGCUGCCUUCCUCUUCCGUGCUUUGCACACGUCCUCGGGCGCUCUCGGCCGCAACCUCGAGAGCAUCACUGUGAAGAACGUCGACGCGAGAGUCGUCGCGAUGCUACUCCGAACCCUCGACAGACGGGUUGAACGGUCCUUGCCACCUCUCGAGCUGGGAAUUCAUCAAUGCCAGGUGGACUCUCCCAUCCUGAGGCGGGUGGAGUCUCAUCCCGGAGUUAAGGGCGUGCAAUGGGAUGGUCAAGUGGAUGGUCAACUACGUUACGGCGAGUACGAUGAGGAUCAGGCGGCCGAGACCGCGUAG